UUAAAAUUCUCGGCGGGAACGAGCGGCGGGAAUAGAAAUUGUGUCACGCAUGAAGCUGAGCGCAAGAGCAGAAACGGAAACGAAUCAACAUCGGCUUCAUUCAAAACGCUGUGAAUUGACACUUCCUUCAGCAAGCAUGGCAGACAGAGCCCAAACAACCACCAAGAAACACAAACAGUUUGUGUCGGAGCCCAUGGGGGACAAACUGGUGACCGAACUCGGGGGCAUUGGCCCCAAGUAUGGCGAGAGGUUACGAGAGGCGGGAUUUGAGAAGGCGUACAAUGUUCUCGGACAAUUCCUGGUGCUGAAUAAAGACGAAGAGCUCUUUGUUGAUUGGCUGAUGACAACCACAUCCGCUACAAAGAAGUGUGCAACAGAUUGUUACAAUUGUCUGAAAGACUGGAGUGAUGCCUACAUAUAAUUUUGUGGUUUUUUUUUUAAUUUUAACUCUUUUAACCCUAACCCUCCUCAAUCCUUCACCUGUUGGAGGACUGAGGAGUGUUAGGGUUAAGGUCCUGCAUGACAUUGCUCUGAUUCUGCUAACUCUGCUGACCUUUGACUCCAGGGAAAUGGGAUAUAUAUACGCAACAUGGACACUUAUCUUAUUUAACAUAGAAAUUCCAUGCUUAUACUCUGUGUGCAGUGUUAGAGAUCACUACAGAGGCAGAAUAAUAGCUUGUUAGCUGCAUGUCCCAUUUAGAAUUGAUGGGUAAAUCUCCCGUGUUGCUUUGCAUUCAGGUCAAGGAGGAAUUCAGUCACUUUUUGAAAGACAAAAUGUAAAAUUUUAAAUUAAAAAAAAUGUACAUUUAUGAUAAAACCCAGUAAGACUUUAGGUUUGGUUUCGAUAAAAGAAUGGAAAACUGUUGAUAUUUGUCCCAUCUGUGUCAGUGACUGCAGGUGGAAGGAUGAGGAAUUAAGCUUUGGUUCAGAUUGGAAAGAUUGGGGGGGGGUAGGGGACCAGGGAAUCAUGUGGAAAACACUUGGCAGGGGAUUGUGUUGUAGGUAUUCUCCCCAUGUGUAACUAACAUUCAUACAAGAUUGUCAUGGAGUCAUGCACAUUGUACGUACCAACUCUGGUAAUGGAGUCACAAAUACUUGUGUUUAUAAGAUUGGCACCCAUUUUUUUUUGCACCUUGCCAAAUCAGCUUAUUAAACUCUUGUUACCAAAAAAAGCCCUACACUGCCCAUCUAGAGGAGUGCUUUCCUUUACGGGCAGUUUUAAGUAACAAACAUGCAGAUCAAAAUGAUGAGAGAAUGGGGUUUGUGGAACUGAAAAUUGACUAUGGUGGAUAUUGAAAGUAUAGGUACAUUUCCAUGUAUCAGAUACGUAAAUCUAACCUUCACCCUCCAUGCCCUUCAGUGUAAGGCUUAGUCAUGAAGAACUCUGUGGUUAUACCCUGCACCAUUUAUUACAAGCUCACCACCCAGUAGUCUGAAAUCUCAGAUGAUGACAACACACAUACAGAUGCAUGUAAGUAAUCAAAACCUGAAAGUGGGUAAAUUUGGGGGGCGGGGGUGCGUACAGCACAAAAUUUCCAACUUAUCAAAAGAAUGUAAUUGUCACCAUCAAUCUACAAUGUAAUGGGAGGAAAUAGAUCCAGAUGCAUUGGCGACAGCUGAAGCCAAAAUUUCUGAUAUCUCUUGUUGCCACUGCAUGUUGAGGUAAAUUUAUUACUACAAUUGCACAUGCUACUUGUUGAAUGAGUGUAGCCACUUUUUGCUGUAUGUGGAGAUUAGUGUACAUUUGCAUGCUUUGUGCUUGAAAAUCCUGUGUAAUCAGUCAGCAAAUUAGCAUUGCAUAUACAAAUUAUGGGAAGGUUUAGGUGUAUGCCGUAGUAGGCUGAUGCUGCACUUAGAAUAAAGUUUUCAUGUUAAACAUUUAUGCUCAUAUAUCAUUGGUCUAUAUUUAGAAGCAUACUCAGAUUGUUAAUUGUCCAAUCAGACCAAAGUUCACAAGUGCAGAUAUCAUUAAAGUUGGAUUUUUAUUGUGCAGAAACGAUGUUCUCGAUUCUCAUAAUUAUCAAGGUUCUCACCGGGUGUGGAAGGAUUUUGUCUCUUGUAACACUUGUUGCACAGGUCCUUCUUUUGCAUUGUGCAGAGCAGAAAAGAAAAAUCUACAUGCCAUUUUGUUCUAAAAAAAUUGUGUUCUAGUUUUGUGUUUAGCUUAGUUAUGAGGCAUCACUUGGUUUGGCAUCCUAAUAAAAAUGGAGAUGAUGUGGGUGAAAAAUGU